CACGUUCUAAACACAUUGAGUGGCUUGGAUCAUUGAAAUUUGGUCAGGAAAGUGGAGAAAAUGGGACGUCCCUCCUCCUAAUGCACCUGUGCUUUAAAUCAGUGAACAUAUUAAAACAUAACAAACGCAAACAUACCCACAGAACAUAACAAACCCAGUAAAACAUACCCACAAAGCCAAACAGAGCACGUACUUGGUUUACAGAGGUGUGUGGAUUGCGUGAACUAUGGGAAGGCAAUGGGAUCUGAUGUGUGGAUUGAGUGAGCUAGAGAGUUCUUUGAAGACCCCGUUUAGAUUUGGGAUAGACCCAACAGUGGCCGCCUUUGCUGGUGCAGCAAUACCGGUGAAGAUGCCUUCGGAGGGGUCCGAGAACAGCAUCGGAGUACCAAGGCAGCAUGCUUUGCAAUUGCACGGAUCUGGGAUAGACCCAAGAGUGGCCAUCUUUGCUAGUGCAACACUACCAGUGAAGAGGCCUUCGGAGGGGUCCGAGUCCGAGAACAGCAUCGAAGUACCAAGUUGCGGCGGUCCUGCCUGCGGAUGCUCGCCCUCUUGCGAAUGCAAACCUGAAUGCCACUGUGAGGGGUUUGCGAUAGACCCAAACACAGUGACCCUCGUUGCUAGUGUUGCACCACCGGUGAUGAUGCCCUCAGGGGGGUCCAAGAAGAGCGUCAAACCAGAGAGGGAGGGCAUCCAUCCAAAACUUGAGAAGAGCAUCGAAGCAGAGAGGUAGGGCAUCCAUCCAAAACUCGUAAUGACUAUGGACGAAUGCCAAUGUUGGCCAAUCAUGGAUAUCCUGCAACCAGCAAAAAUAAGAAAGAACUAGUAUUUUUUCUGCUUGUGUCUCUGUUUUGUGAUGGAGUCUAUUUACUUAGUAUAAGAAAGGACGAAUGUCAUGCCCGUUGAGUUGUACUCAUAGAGAAUAAGUUUUGAUUUGUCACAAGAAAGACUAAUGGCUGCUGUAAUGAUUUUCAUUUGAGGUUUUGGAAGUUGAGAAUUCAGUUGGUAGUUAUGUGAGCAGAUGGCAUACAUUGAAAUAGUCAUAGAAGUUGAUUACAUAUACUGAAAGGAUUUGUUGUUGCAGUUGCUCUGGUGCAAAGUAUAUAGCCUUAUGUUUACAGGUUCAGAAGACUUGCCAUUGUAAUAAAGUUUAUGCAGGUUAGACAAAGCAAAAGUUUUUGGAAAGCAAAUUGUGCACACCAAGUACUGGAGUACUACCUCAAGGGAAAAAGUACUGGAGAAGGAAAACAUUAUUCUAAGGCU